GGCGGCGGCUGGGGGUGGCCCCCGGGCCCCCCCGGGAGGUGACAGAGGUGGGGUGGGGUGUGGGUUUGGAGGCCAUGAGGAAGCUGGUCCCCCUCGGGGGUCACACGUCCCUGGAGGACUGCCCCCUGGACGAGGAUGAAGAUGCCUUCCAGGCCCUGGGGGAGGAGGAUGAAGACAUCGACCAGUUCAACGAUGACACCUUCGGGGCCGGGGCCGUCGAUGAUGACUGGCAGGAGGCCCACGAGCGGCUGGCGGAGCUGGAGGACAAGGCCGGCUCGAGCCGGGAGCCGGACGGUCCCGUUAGCAACGACGGGGACGUCCUGGGCGACCCCGAGGACGCGCUGGCCGAGCGGCUGACGCGCCUCGUCAUCGACAGCGAGCUGGAGGACCCGGCCAUCAUGCAGGCCGUGCACACCAGAGAUCCCCCGCAGCAGCCUGGAGGGCUGAAUUCCAGCAUCUGGGACAGUUCAGCCGUGCUGCGGCGUAUCCGGGGGCCGCUCCUCACUCAGGAGAUGCCCUCGGUGUCCGUGCUGGAUUAUGCCCUGCCCCAGAGGCCUCCGCAGGCUCGGGAUGAGGAGCGGGAUCCCUCGGAGCGGGCGCUGCCCCGGCGCUCCUCCUCCCCCAUCAUCGGGAGCCCCCCGGUCCGGGCCAUUCCCAUCGGCACCCCCCCCAAACAGGCCGCCAUCCCAAACUUCAACCAGCAGAUCCUGUGUCCCAAGCCUGUCCACAUCCGAGCUACCAUGCAGCAGCGUUAUCCCGCUCCCUAUGGAGAGAGGAUGUCCCCCAACCAGCUCUGCAAUGUUCCGAAUUCCUCCCUCCUGGGCCACCCGUUCCCCCACAGCGUCUCUCCCGUCCUCACACACCUGCAGAGAGCCCAGCUGCUUGGAGGAGCCCAGGCUGGCCGAAUGUCCCCCAGCCAGUUUGCCCGUGUGUCCGGGCUGGUGGGGAGCCCGCUGCCCUCGGUGAAUCCCAAGCUGCUCCAGGGCAGAGUUGGGCAGAUGAUGUCCCCGGCCGGAGGGUUCCGUGCCUUUUUCGGGGCUCCCCCCGCCCCGCCCCCCUCACAGCUGCCGCACCCUCCGGGCCCCGGAUCCCACCUGCAGAACCUGAGGCCGCAGCCCCAGAUGUUCCGGCCGGACACGACCCACCUGCACCCGCAGCACCGCCGGCUCCUGCACCAGCGGCAGCAGCAGAACCGCAACCAGCACCGGAGCCUCAACGGCUCCGGGGGGGACCGAGGGGGCCACCGGAGCAGCCAUCAGGAGCAGAUCCGUAAGGAUCCCUACGCCAACCUCAUGCUGCAGCGGGAAAAGGACUGGGUGUCCAAGAUCCAGAUGAUGCAGCUGCAGAGCACUGAUCCCUACCUGGAUGAUUAUUAUUAUCAGAAUUACUUCCAGAAGCUGGAAAAGUUGGCAGCAGCCGAGGAAGUGCACGGUGACGGUCCCAAGAAGGAGCGCACUAAACUCAUCACCCCUCAGGUGGCCAAGCUGGAGCACACCUACAAGCCAGUGCAGUUUGAGGGCUCGCUGGGGAAGCUCACCGUCUCCAGUGUCAACAACCCCCGGAAGAUGAUCGACGCCGUGGUGACAUCCCGCAGUGAGGAUGAUGAGACGAAGGAGAAGCAGGUUCGGGAUAAGAGGCGACAGACGCUCGUCACCAUUGAGAAGACAUACAGCCUCCUCCUGGAUGUGGAGGACUACGGGCGCCGCUACCUCCUGAGCCUGGAAGGGGAGCGGCCAGCCCUGAUGGGAGAGAGGAAGCAGAAGAUCUGUGACAUGUAUGACAAUCUGAGAGGGAAGGCACCUGGGCAGGACAGGCCGAGCGAUGACCACUUCAUGCAGAUCAUGUGCAUCCGCAAAGGAAAGCGCCUGGUGGCCCGGAUCCUGCCCUUCCUGUCUCCGGAGCAAGCGGCCGACGUGCUCAUGGCCACGGCCAGGAACCUGCCCUUCCUCAUCAAGAAGGAUGCUCAGGAUGAGGUGCUUCCCUGCCUCUUGAGGCCCUUUUCCCACGUCCUCUACCACCUUCCCUUGGGAACAGUCACCAGCCUUGUGCAGCAGCUCACGAACCUACCUCAGAGCGCCGCCGCUCCCACCAACCUGCACCUCACUGCUGUGCUCCAAAACAAGUUUGGUCUGUCCCUGCUGUACCUGGUCCUGAGCCGAGGGGAGGAAUUGCAGAGCUCGGACACGAACACAGAGCUGAUGCAGGACAACCAAUGGACGGAGCUGAUGCUGAUGGCGACCCGGGAGCUGCUGCGGAUCCCUCAGGGAGCCUUGGCAAAGCCCGUGUCCAUCCCCUCCAACCUGAUCUCCCUCUUCUCCCGCUACGUUGACCAGCAGAAGCUGAACCUGCUGGAGACGAAAUUGCACUUAGUGCAGGGGAUCCGGUAGAUCUCCGUGGCUCCUCACCACCACUGGAAUGUUCCAGAGGAAGGAAGGAAGGAAGGAAGGAAGGAAGGAAGGAAGGAAGGAAGGAAGGAAGGAAGGAAGGAAGGAAGGAAGGAAGGAUGGAUGGAGGACACACGGUUCACCCCACACCUCCCCCGAUGCCCGGCCUGGCACAUGGGGCACAUCUGCCCCCCAAUCCCUGGAUCAGCAGGAAGAGGGGGAUGUUUGGCUGCUCCCCCCUCUCCCACAAAGUGCUGCCUUUCCCUGCUGCUCCCAAUUUCCCCACAGCUCCCUCUGCACCCCCAGAAACUGCUGCUUCCCCCAAACACACACACACACACACACACACACACACUACUGAGGAUCCCGGGGAGCGGGCAGCCCCUCGCUCCACAUCCAUGGCCAGGGGUCCUCUGCUCAUUCCCUGCUCCUUCUCCAGCCCUUCCCACAAGCACUGAGCUCCACUUCCUGCCCUUCCCCACACUUCACACACUUGUUUCGCACACUCGCCUCGUCUUCCCAAAAUUCGGCUCCUUCCCUCCCCCCGGGAUCAGCCCAGCAGCUCCGGGGUGGGGGGCACAGCCGGGUCUCUGUCCCCUCCGGCUCAGAUCCGGGUGGCUUCAGCUGUGCUGCUCCUCGGGAAGGUGGUGGUGGUGGU